AUGCCUACCUCUAUGCCGUGUCCGUCCAUACGGAUCCCCAUGGAGCUUCUCACACCCACUGCCUUCUCGCAGUUUGGCACCGUGAUUGAGAACCCCGCAACAUCUCCAAGCUCCAAACUACCGAUACCCCAACGCGUACCGCCCCCCAAACAUGUCCAGGCCAACCAAGGUUCGGCGACAAAGUACCUGCAUGUCACACACAUGUCGAACCUCUACAACCUAGCACCGUCUAAGAAGCCUGCGAAAGCUGUUAUGAACAUGUUCGUGUGCUCGCCGCGGAACCUUAGGGGCAAUGAGCCCGGUGAAAGCAUGCCCAGCUCAUGGGGCGACCUUGACCUGGACGAAGACGAGGAUGGAAACGGAGACUACAAGAGGCAAUUGCUGGACGUGACAAUCCUCGAACGACAUCCCUUCACCACGCAAACCUUCAUUCCAAUCGGUCUUUCGCAGCAAGACAAACAUACGCAAUACCUGGUCAUUGUCGCACCAACACUACCUGCCAGCGCAUCAAAACGACACAUUGGCCGACCACCCCCCUAUCCAACACCCGUAACUGAAAGAAAGAAGAGUUUCAGAGACAUCUUUGCGAGAGCGCGACCAGCACCGUACUCUACCGAAGCCAUCCCGCCACCCUCGCAAUUCGAGAAGCUGCAUCCUUCCGCGCGUCCCAAAGGCCCUGGGCUGCCGGACCUCAAGAAUCUCCGUGCUUUCGUAGCUACAGGCAGUCAAGCUGUGACCUAUGGGGCAGGAACGUGGCACGCGCCCAUGAUUGUCAUUGGAGAUCGACCUGUCGAUUUCGUUGUCGUGCAAUUUGCGAACGAUGUUGGGGUCGAGGACUGUCAGGAGGUGGCUUUGCAGUCAGGCAAGCUUGCACAGGAAGGUGUUGUGGUCAUGGUAGAUACUGAUAGCGCGGGCAAGGUGCAGGUUAAGGCUGGCGUUGGGUCGGUGAAAGCGAAGUUGUAA